UAAAAAAAAAUAGAGAUAGUAAAAAAUGGGCAGUCUGUUCGAGAGAUUCUCUAGAAACCCCACUCCCACAACGCGGAUCGGCGCAGGGUUUCCUCCAUUUCCUUCCACCGGAAGCUUCUCUCCUCCCUCCCCACCACGAGACGAGCCCAGGCGAUCAGGCGAGAGCGGAGCCAUGGCGGCGCCCUUCAUCUACUGCCGCUCCUCCAUCGAAGGCAACACCGAAGACGCUCUCCUCAAGGCUGCCUUCGACGGAGACCUCGCCCGCGUCAAAGGCAUCAUCAAGACCCUUGGCAUAGGAACUGGCAACCGAGCAGCAGUCUUUUCUUAUACUAACAAGCAUGGCUCCAGCUACAACCCCGACGACGUCGCGCCGGCCGGGCCGAGUGCUAGGAGAGUUGCCGCUACGCCGCCGCCGUCGCACACGGUGCAGCAGGCGCAUGCAGCUUCUCCCUCGUUCCCCCGACUCGGCCGUGACCAGGUGUCUUCCCCCAGGAGGCCGGCGACGCGGCAAUGGCGGCCCCGAGGGUGCGUUCCGGCGACGGCGACUGAGUCAACGCGUUUGGGCGCCAAGACGGCGAACACAGCAGCACCGCGCCCUCCCGUGACGGCACAGGCUCCAAGACGUGAGGUGACGGCGACAUGUGCCACUGUUGCUGACCAGCAAGCGGCGCGCCCAUACCCUGGCACGAUGACGACGCUACAGUGCGUCCUUCCAGGCGCGGGAACGCAGGCUCGUGACUCACACACAUAUGAUCCCCCUACGCCUGCUAGCGCCGAGCUUACUCCCUGUUGAGCUGCUGCCACGGCAGCCCAGCCCAACUAGGCGCCAUGAAGAUCCUACGCUGAUCGAAGUUGUUGCCUGCCGGUGCAAGACCCCAGCGUAGGGGGUAUUUGGAUCCUGCGUGUCACAUCGAAUAUUCGGAAAUAUUCGGAUGUUAGGAGUACUAAAUAUGAGCUAAUUACAAAAUUAAUUGCAG